AAGGAUUAGUAAGGUUUUCUAACUCUAGAAGUGAAUGUAUUUAUUUACGAACUAUAUAUAUAUAUAUAGGAAAUUAAUAGCAAAAAAUAAUUGUGAAAAAGUUGUGAAUCUUCAAUAGUGAAAAUGUGGUUUCUCCUCAUCGCUACAUCGUUACUUCAUUUUACAAAGAGCUGUAACAAUAUUUUUGACGAGCUAGGAGGGAAAUUCAGCUCUGGAUCUAUGAUUUCCCGGCCUAAUAUCAUCAAACCUUGCGAAGGAAUGGACUUUUGCGAACACCCUGUAUUCUAUCCUGAAGAUCAAAUGUUAAAGGUUUUAAGCAGACCUGAUGGCUCGCUAUGGAGAAUGUUGUUUGAACCGCUAGAGCUGGUUUGGGAAAAUAAAAGGCACCGGAGUAUGCAUCCUGCAGAGGUGGCUGCUCUGCAACCCGUCCCGGAAAAACUUUGUCCAACGAAUUCGUCCUGGAUUAUUCCUCGGCUGGCUAAAAACUGGAAAGGUGACUGGAAGUAUAUAAUAAACCGACCGAAGAACCAUGAGGAGUAUACACAGUUUGUUUAUGUAACUACAUGUACAAGAGCUGGAGCCUGUGAUCCUUACGGUGAUAUUCUGAACAGUCAUGUUAAUUCGGAGUGCAG